GCGCAGCCGGGCGGCCAGGUGCAGCGCUUGCGAUCUGGGAGCCGCUGCGGCCGGCGGGAAGGAGUGUCCCGUCCCCCGCAGACUGCGUGGCGUCCCCGUGCCCUGUCCACUGGACGCCGCUAGCCCUCGGAUCCCAGGGGAGCACCCUGGGCACCAGCUGGCCGGAGGCAGCCCCGACCAUGUGCGGACUUUGAACGAGGCCAAGUGAGGGGUAGGGGCCGACACGCGGCCCCUUGCCGAUCUGGCUUCGACAUGCGGAGUCUGAAGGUCCCCAGGCUGUUCAGCAUAGACCAGAUGCCCCAGGUGUUCCAUGAGCAGGGCAUCCUCUUUGGCUACCGGCACCCGCAGAGUUCUGCCGCUGCCUGUGUCCUCAGCCUUUUCCAAAUGACCAAUGAGACCCUCAACAUCUGGACUCACUUGCUGCCCUUCUGGUUCUUCACGUGGAGGUUCGUGACCACGCUGUGUGUGACAGAUGUCCAGAACGACAGCUACUCGUGGCCCAUGCUCGUGUACAUGUGCACCAGCUGCGUGUACCCCCUGGCGUCCAGCUGUGCACACACCUUCAGCUCCAUGUCCAAGAACGCCCGGCAUAUCUGCUACUUCCUGGACUACGGCGCCGUCAACCUCUUCAGCCUGGGCUCCGCCAUCGCCUACUCUGCGUACGCGUUCCCCGACGCGCUGGUGUGCACCACCUUCCACGACUGCUACGUGGCCCUGGCGGUGCUGAACACCAUCCUCAGCACCGGCCUGUCCUGCUACUCCAGGUUCCUUGAAAUCCAGAAGCCCAGGCUCUGCAAGGUGCUUCGGGUCCUCGCCUUUGCGUAUCCAUACACCUGGGACUCCCUCCCCAUCUUCUACAGGCUGUUCCUGUUCCCCGGGGAGAGCGCAUGCAACGAGGCCACCUUGUACCACCAGAGGCACAUGCUCAUGACCUUCCUGGCUUCCUUCCUGUACUCCGCACACCUGCCGGAGCGCCUGGCCCCAGGACGCUUCGACUACAUCGGUCACAGCCAUCAGCUGUUCCACGUGUGUGUGAUCCUGGCCACGCACAUGCAGAUGGAAGCCAUCCUUCUGGACAAGACCCUGAGGAAGGACUGGCUCCUGGCCACCUCCAGGCCCCUCUCCUUCCCCCAGAUAGCCGGGGCCGUCCUUCUGUGCCUCGUCUUCAGCCUCAGCAACAUAAUCUAUUUCUCAGCUGCUCUGUAUCGGAUUCCUGAGCCAGAACUACAUAAAAAAGAAACAUGACCCAGACAUUCGCUUCUCGUGGCAGACUCCACACGAAGGGGCAGUGCCCCGAGCUCCGCAGCCCGGCGUGGCACUGUGGUGAGAACACUGACCAUGGCGGUGUCCAGGCACUUGGGAUGGGGUCAUGCCACACGUAUCUAACUAGGGAACUUUCUCCAACUGUGCACUGAUUCUGUAUGCGUGAUUUUAAACAGGGAACACGGGUUUAAGCGAGUCCUUGCUAGGCCACAUGACUGGUAUUUCAUUGGGUUUUCAGUUUAUUUCAAAUAGGGUUUUCAAUUCUGCUUAAGCGGAGUAGGCUACUAUUCUUGUUAGCUCUGGGCUGCUCUUUAAACAGUGGAACUGGCUUUACUUGAUGAGUUUCUCAUGGCGCAGCAGCUCCUCCCCAGAGCUCCCCCAGCGGCCUGUCAGCUCUGCAGGGAGAAUGAGCUGGAACCGUCGGCGGGAGAAGGUGAGAGAGGACGGUGGGGCUAUAGGAGCCCUGGGAACCGGGCAGCAUCACCCAGUGUGGGGCCCUCGCUUAGGGCGGGCCCUGCUCCCUGCCCACCUGGUGAAGGGAAUGAACAGGGGUCUUCCUGCGAGUCCAUCCUGCCUUCUAAGCGCAAGUUCUCACGUCAUCACAGAGUUGGAGCUUGUAAGUUUCUUCUUACAAGUCCUCAGCCGUGGCUGGGGGCCGUGCUGCACUGUGCCGCAGUUUUCUUGUUGGCCAUCCAUCUGCGAGCGUUACACGGUGCAGGUAGAAUGUGUUAAACUGGGACUUGGCUGAGUUGAUCUCAUCUGUCACCUUUCAACCAGAGAAAGUGUUACAUGUGGGGACCCCCUACAUUCGAUGCAGCUUCAGCAUUCCAAAUAUGCUGCAGAAUUUAGUAUCUAAGUAAGGACCCGGCCAGUGGGACGGUCAGAUGGGCACUCUCAAGCUGGAUGGUGAGUCAGAAACACCUGAUGAGCUCAUGACAGGGGCAGAUUCCUGGGGCAAACCAGGGGACCCUGCCUUUCUAGACGGAUUGUGGGCUUUGUGGAGGACAUCUGGGCCCGAGCACGCCUCGCAGGCGGUUCCGGGACAGGUAGUUAAGGUGCAGGAGGCCCGGGCCAGGCCUGAAGGAGUGCAGGCACCGCAUGUUCCAGAGGGCGCUGACUGGGCCCAUCGGACGCGCUAGGAUGGAUCCAGGUAUCGGCAUCGCCCUCCUUGGGGCACACCCCACUCUCUGUGCCAGCUCCCCCUCUGCGGUGUACGAAAACACUGAGCAUCUGCUCCUCUUUUCACGUGGCUAGUGAGCGUUCAGUGCUUCAUGGUGUUUUCAGGGGGUACAGAGGUGCCGGUGCCGUUUUUUAGAAGGUCAUCAGCCUCUGACCUGCACUUGGCGUUAAUUAGGAGCCCUCCAUCACAACCCAUGGCCCUCUUCGCGCCUCAGGAAGACCCCCGCACCUCCAGACGCUGCCUGUAGAUGAACCAGCCAGACACUGGAAGGGCCUUGCGCAUAGCUCACCCUCUAGUCCUCCGAGGACAAGUCGAUUUAUAUUAGUGGGAGUGGUCAAGAGUUAUGACUUCAGGCCAGCAGAUAGCAUGGUAGUUAAGUGCUGGAUCCACAUGGCCGACUCUGAAGUUCGAGUCCCAAACC